CGGCCAACCCCGAGCUACAUCCGACGGUGGUCCGAAACAGGGAACUCUUCCUACAAGCUUCACGAAUAGAACGAUACGAGAACCCACACUGGCACUAGCAAUUCAGCGGUGUACUUGGAUUAAUUUGUUUCCCACAUUCUUCUCCAAGCACGCACGGAGUUAACCAUGUCCGGACCGAGCCAUGCAGCCUACACAUGGGCGGCGCAAGGAGGCGGAUUUGGCAAUCAAACGGUGGUGGACAAAGUGCCACCGGAGAUGCUCCACCUGGUCGAUCCCCAUUGGUAUCAAUUCCCGCCGAUGAAUCCUCUGUGGCACGCUCUUCUCGGCUUUGUCAUCGGCAUUCUCGGCUCGAUAUCUGUCAUCGGUAAUGGCAUGGUGGUAUAUAUAUUCACGACCACCAAGAGCCUCCGUACUCCAAGCAACCUGCUCGUCGUCAAUCUCGCCAUCUCUGACUUUCUCAUGAUGCUGUGCAUGUCGCCGGCUAUGGUGAUCAAUUGCUAUUACGAGACGUGGGUGCUAGGACCUUUGUUCUGUGAACUGUACGCUUUGACGGGCUCCCUGUUCGGAUGUGGCUCCAUAUGGACAAUGACGAUGAUUGCAUUCGAUAGGUAUAACGUAAUCGUCAAAGGCUUAUCCGCUAAGCCGAUGACCAUUAACGGCGCCCUCGUUCGCAUAUUAGGCAUCUGGUUCUUCUCGUUGCUUUGGACUAUCGCUCCGCUGUUCGGAUGGAACCGCUACGUACCUGAGGGCAACAUGACCGCUUGCGGUACCGAUUACUUGAACAAGGACUUGUUCUCCAGAUCGUACAUCUUCUUCUACAGCAUUUUCGUAUACUUUGCGCCACUGUUCCUCAUCAUCUACAGCUACUUCUUCAUCAUUCAAGCUGUCGCCGCUCACGAGAAGAACAUGCGCGAGCAGGCGAAGAAGAUGAACGUCGCUUCCCUACGAUCAGCCGAGAACCAGAGCACCAGCGCCGAGUGCAAACUCGCAAAGGUAGCUCUGAUGACCAUUUCUUUGUGGUUCAUGGCGUGGACUCCAUACCUGGUCAUCAAUUACGCGGGCAUCUUCGAGACGACGAAGAUCAGCCCGCUCUUCACGAUCUGGGGCUCGCUCUUUGCGAAAGCCAACGCCGUGUACAAUCCCAUCGUGUACGGCAUCAGCCAUCCUAAGUACCGAGCUGCUCUCUUCCAGAGGUUCCCGUCUCUGGCGUGUGCCUCCGAACCGGCGUCUGGCGGGGACACAACGUCCACGACUACCACGGUCACAGAAGGCGAAAAAGCUGCUGCAUAAAACAAUAAUGUUACACACAUCGAUUUUUUGACAAUGCAAUAGAUUCUCCGAACAAACACCGUAAAAUAGUAUUAUAUUCUCGUCACAAAGAAAUCGCGCCAUCAAGCAUAGGUUGUAAAUAGCUGCAAUUAAAAACACGCGCCAGAAAUACGUUAUCAACGAGAGUACGAGAAUGAAUUCAAUCGUGAUACUACAUUGUAAGAGAAUAUUAUAUCGUGCGAUUAGUUGUGGUGCAAGCGAGAGGAGCCAAGCCAAUAUGCGAAAAACUUUAAUAUUGACAAAAAAUGUCAGGGAUAAAUGAAGGAUGAAUAAUGUCAUGCUACAAUUGUUUGGAGUCUAUGAUGCAUUGUACAAUUCGGCUGCACCACACGCGAAUUUCUUAUCAAUGUCUCAUAGCGCAGUUUAUAAAUUAUGUCAUCUCUUCAAGGCAACGGAAUACAUGGUUCACUUUGGAAUAAACAAAUAUGUAUUAACUAAUAUCGCUUGUAGCGAUAAUAUCGUGUCUGUAAUUCAUUUUAUAGAAUUAUAAAUAAAUUCUGCAGGCAAUCA